AUGUUCUUUUCAACACUUACUCAGAUUUUGUUCAUAAAUACUUCUUUUUUUCCAAAAUUACUGAUUUGUGGCCAUCGUCAAUGCAAAACAUGUAUCGAUGACAUCAAAGAGGAUGUUAUCAGAUGUACCGAAUGUCAAGAAGAAACACCGAAAACUGAGAUCAUGCCGGAUCGUGGCUUCAGAAAUGACAUGAAAACUCUGAAAAUUGUAUGCGCGCAAUGUGACUGGCAUGGAUCAUUCAAAGACUAUGAGGCUCAUUUCAACGAAUCACAUCCAAAUCCCAUUUGUGAGUUCUGUAGUGAACAGUUCACUUCCAACAUCCGACUCGAUGAACACAAACAAAAAGAAUGCACCGAAAUCACUCAGCCUUGUCCACUUGUACAAUAUGGAUGUCUAUGUUCAGUGCGUCGAAUAGAACUUGGCGAUCAUUAUCUAAGUGAUGUUCAUCAAAAUGUAAUCAUUAGUGUUGUUCAGCGCUUGUCUGUGAAACUAGCACAUGAUCCGUCAGAAAGAGGAUCAACGAUGGAUGUCGACGUCGUACCAAACAUCGCCGGUUCAUUAGCUACAACCACAAUAACAAGUGAAACACUUAGCACAAGCGUGCAAGAAGUGUAUGAAGCAAUCAACACUCUUGCGAGUGGUACACAAACACUGAAUGAUGAAACACUACGUGUGAGCAGCGAAUCUGUUCGAGUACAAUCUUCUGUCGAAUCAUUGGCACAAGGGCUCGCAUCACUCAAGUUGAGUAUUGAAGAGCAAGGUGCUUUUCUCGAUGGUAUCAAACCGAAUCAAGAGAUUCUACAGCAAGAAGUUGCAUCGCUGAAACAAAAGGUCGAUGAUGCACAAUAUGUGUCAUAUGAUGGAACACUCAUCUGGAAAAUCACUAGUGUUAAGAAGAAAAUGAGGAAUGCUGAAUUCAAGUGGCAAACAUCUAUCUAUUCACCACCAUUCUAUUCUUCGUCUAGCGGUUAUAAGAUGCGAGUCUGUUUAUACUUAAACGGUGAUGGCGAUGCUCGUCGUACUCACAUGUCGCUGUUUUUCGUUCUGAUGCGUGGUCCGAGCGAUGCUAUGCUAAAGUUUCCAUUCAACUACAAGGUGACAUUCUGUUUGUAUGAUCAAGCAUCUCAACAGCGACAUAUCAUCGACUCGUUUCGACCAGACAUCAAGUCUAAUAGUUUUCAGCGUCCGCGAUCAGAAAUGAACAUAGCGAGUGGUAUACCAAAAUUCUGUCCCUUACGGAAAAUUCAAAUGAAAGACAAUCCAUAUGUUCGGGAUGACACGAUGUUUAUAAAAGUAAUGGUGGAUUUUGGUGAUAUGCCGAAAACGUUAUUACCAUAUGCAUUGAGUCUAAAUCCUGGUCUGCCGAAACAUGAGGAACAAAGACUGAUCCAAGAAAAGAAGAACAAACUAACUAGUCAGACGACCAUAGGGCUGAGGCAACCGGUUGUCCUAGCCGUACCAGAACCGGAACAACAACCUGCUGAGGGAGAGGAAGAUGAAAAUGUUAGGAGCAUCGAUGAGCCAGAAGAAACACACGGGCGUCGUUGA